UGAACACAGUUGAACAGUUGAACUCGUUCCGUUGACUCCGGCGAGUGCUCUCAUGCUCUGCUUGCAGGUAUCAGUGCAUGGCCUUCGUAAAAACCAUCCGCGCGCACACAAAUAUUACCGGUGUGUGAAUGGUGUGAAUCACGCCAUCAUAUUAAUAUUAAUCCAUCGUAGUCAAACAGAUUAAAAGUAUUCGCACGUCGCGCGCGUCGUGCAUGCGCGCUGUGUUAUCACACGCUCGCGACUCACCAACGAAGCUCGCGUUUAUCGAUUAGAAACACAGUACCAACAACAGAACGAUGGCGACGUCCUGUUUGGCAGGAUUCGCGCUCGUGUUGGCACUCAGCGCGAAUUUAUCAGCCGCGUUUCCGCAGGACUACGCCGGACAAGAACUUCUUGAUGAAGUGCGCCAGUUGUUAUCACUAGCAUCCACCAAUGUGCAGCAGGUACAUGGACAUGGAAAUGGGGACCAAUCGGAUGUGGAUGAAAGCAGCACCGAUGAUGAUCAUGAUAUCAAACCAGACAGGCCACGGGUAGUGAAGAACUGGCCACUCACACCGUUGAAAAUCGGGCAGGUAUCCGGAGUGUCGGUUAAUUCUGAUCUACAGCCUGUUAUUUUCCAUCGGGGUGACCACGUAUGGAACGAAUAUUCCUUCAAUGAAUCUCAUCAUUAUUUGCAAGGCAGCAAAGGUCCCAUUAAAGAACCGACUGUUUUGACACUAGACCCCAAAGACGGGAAGGUCCUGGGUCAAUGGGGUGCGAAUUUAUUUUAUAUGCCUCAUGGGCUCACCCUCGACCGCCAUGAUAAUCUAUGGUUGACAGAUGUUGCUCUACAUCAAGUUUUCAAAUUCAGACCUGGUGAAUUGCAACCAAGUUUAACCUUCGGGGAAGCCUUCCAACCGGGUUCCAGCCAGCGCCAUCUAUGUAAACCUACUUCCGUUGCUGUUGCCAACACUGGAGAGAUUUUCAUCGCUGAUGGUUAUUGCAAUAACAGAAUAUUGAAGUAUAACGCAGCUGGUGGUCUUCUAAGGGUCAUCCCCAAUCCACCAGAGUUUUUAUCUCUGCAAGUACCGCAUGCGUUGGCGUUGAUUGAGUCUAUGGAUAGGUUAUGUGUCGCUGACAGGGAGAAUAUGCGUGUGACUUGUCCCAGGGCCGGAUUAUACAGUGUGCAAGGUAAACGUGAGCCGGCCCUGACCAUCCAACAGCCUGAUAUGGGUAGAGUGUUCGGUGUUGCUGCAAGAGGCAACUUGGUAUAUGCUGUGAAUGGUCCCACGUCGCCAUUGUUACCGGUACAAGGCUUCACAAUCGAUCCGCAAACUGAAUCCGUGGUUGACCACUGGGCACCUGAAGAGGGCUUUGGUAAUCCGCACGCGUUGGCCAUUUGCCCGAACAAUUCAGCGAUGUAUGUGGUGGAGAUUGGACCGAAUCGCGUGUGGAAGUUUGAUCUGGUUCGACCCACGAAUUAGGAACUCGUUUCAACGUAGAUAUCACAACGGGAAGAAAGGAAAAAGGAACUGGAAACAUAUAGUGGUUAUAUUGUGUAUGAUUUCAGAAUAAACUAUAAAAUAAAAGAUAGCAACCAAUAUUUGUAUCAUAGUUAUUAUAUACAUUAAUGUACUUGGUGUGUAAAUUAAUUAUAUAAACAUAUAUGAGCACAAAGGUGGUGGUUGUGUAGGAGUUAAACGAUAAUAAUAAAAAUAAUCUAUUCUUUCGUCAAA